AUGUUCUGCAUUGGUGGCGCUAUCCUGUUGGCCAUGCUCAUUCUGAUGGCUGUCGUCAUCUGUCUUUACUACAAAGUAGCCAACGCACUGAACAUGCCAAAGGUACCUGUUUGUUUGGCUUUAAAAAAUAAUCCAGCCAUGGUCACCCCGGACAAGGUCAGUGCGGCCCUCACCACUGGGUCUUAUCCCGCCCUCCAGUGCUGUGACGAAUGUAACUUGUAUCCCAGCUUCGAUGCCCUGCCUCCAUGCUGCUGUAAUGUAAACGAGGGGCUCUGA